AUGCAGGUGAUAACAUGCGCGCUGUUUACGCUCGUCAGCCUCCCCAUCAGCAGCAGCAGCAGCAGCAGCAGCGCGUCGGAGGCUGCUGACUCCUGCCCCGCCGUCUGCGAGUGCUCCGAGUGGAGGACUCACACCAUCUCCUGCUUUGACAUUGAUAUUCUCCCCAGGUUUCCAGCAAGCACCGAGACACUGUGGCUUUUUGAGACCCGUCUGUCUUCUGUACCAGCUGAUGCCUUUGCCAACAUGGUCAACAUCUCAAGAAUAUUUAUAUCUGUGGAUGUGAUGCUGCGGCGGCUGGAGAAGCACUCGUUCUACAGCCUGAGGAAAAUCACCCACAUAGAGAUUCGGAACGCAAAAAGUCUAACGUACGUAGACCCAGAAGCCUUCAAACACCUUCCAAACCUCAAGUAUCUGGGGAUUUUUAACACCGGCCUGACUUUCUUCCCUGACCUGAGCAACAUUCACUCCAAUGACAUGAACUUCAUCCUGGAGAUUGUUGAUCAUCCCUACAUUACCGAGAUCCCGGCCAACUCGUUCCGUGGCAUCACCAGCGAUGUGCUGACAGUAAUGCUGUACGGAAACGGCUUCAGAGAAAUACAACAUCACGCCUUUAACGGGACGAAGUUAGAUCAAGUCGACCUUCACAGGAAUAAGUACUUAACCAAGAUGGAUGACAGGGCCUUUGCGGGAACCAUCAGCGGACCCAUGCUCCUAGACGUGUCCCUGACAGGGAUCACCUCCCUGCCGACCACAGGCAUGGAUUCUCUCCGCGAACUGAAGGCCCGCGAUGCCUUGGCCCUCAAGAAACUCCCGCCCAUCAAGACCUUCAAGCACCUCAUCGUCGCCAACCUCACCUACCCAAGCCACUGCUGCGGUUUCAAAAACCUCAAGAAGAAACGAGGCUAUUUGGAGUGCAUCAUCUCUAACCUGACUGCUUUCUACGACCAGCAUCAUAAGCGCUCUGUGGGGCCCCUUCGCAUGCCUUCCCUCCAAGAGGACAGUGUCGUGGAAACACUCCCGGACCAGGAGCCAAGCGACGGAGGUCACAGAGAGUCCCAGCAAGACUGGCGGAGAGGCGACUUCCACGGCAGCCUCCACUACCACACCUAUUUUGGGGGCCAGCCAGAUGAGGAUGUGGGUUUUGGAGAGACCCUCAAGAACCCCCAGGAGGACAACAGCCAAGAUUUUGACAGUCAUUCUGAUUAUGUGGUGUGCGAGGAGGGAGAGGAGGUGGCGUGUGCGCCGGUGCCCGAUGAGUUCAAUCCUUGUGAGGACAUAAUGGGUUUUGGCUUCCUGCGAGUGUCGGUGUGGUUUGUGAGUUUGCUGGCUGUUCUGGGAAAUGUGGUGGUGCUUCUGGUGCUGCUCACCAGCCACUACAAGCUGUCAGUCUCCCGGUUCCUCAUGUGCCAUCUGGCCUUCGCAGACCUGUGCAUGGGGAUUUAUCUGCUGCUCAUCGCCUCUGUGGAUCUCCACACACGUGCAGAGUACUUCAACCACGCAAUCGACUGGCAGACGGGCCCUGGUUGUGGCCUUGCAGGGUUUUUUACUGUCUUUGCCAGCGAGCUGUCUGUCUACACCUUGACGGUGAUCACUCUAGAGAGGUGGUACGCCAUCACCUUUGCAAUGCGACUGGAUCGAAGGCUGCGUCUGCACCACGCGGCGGUGGUGAUGCUCGGCGGCUGGAUCUUCUGCCUCAUCCUUGCCUUGCUCCCACUGGUUGGCGUCAGCAGCUACCAGAAAGUCAGCAUCUGUCUGCCGAUGGACACCCAGUCCACCGCGGCUCAGGUCUACAUCAUGUCCGUGCUGGUCCUCAACAUCCUGGCGUUUUUUGUGAUCUGCGCUUGCUACUUCAAGAUCUACUGCGCGGUGCACAACCCUCACUACCGCUCCGGAUCCAAGGACACCAACAUCGCCAAACGCAUGGCCGUCCUCAUCUUUACGGACUUCCUGUGCAUGGCGCCAAUUUCCUUCUACGCCAUGUCGGCUGUGCUCGACCGACCUCUCAUCACUGUCUCCAACUCCAAGAUUUUGUUGGUGCUUUUCUACCCGCUCAACUCCUGUGCCAACCCGUUCCUCUAUGCCAUCUUCACCAAAGCCUUCAGGGGAGAUGUGUUCAUCCUCCUCAGUAAGGUGGGUUUGUGUCAGCAGCGAGCGCAGCUGUUCAGAGGCCAGACGGUCUCGUCAAAGGGCAGCAGCGGGACAUCUCAGGUCCGCAGAGACAAGGACAAAGUUAGGAAAGGAGGAAGCAUAGGCCAAGAAGAGGUGCCUAUCCACUUGAAGAAAUGCUCCGGACACACCUACCACCAAGCAAACAGCCACCAGACAAGCCCUGAGGAGAGCCAGAGCCUGGACACUUGA